AGGCCUCUCCAGCCAGCGUCAUUCGUUGUUUGGACCCCGCGUUGUUUGGACGUACAUUUCAAUCGGCGCGUCGUCUCUCGAAGAUCGUCUGACAUUGCUAUCUUGAAGAUACUUUUGUCACAGCUCAAGACCCAAAAUCAAGGAUUGCGAAACGGGCGUUUGGCAUUGCUCAUACGCAGCGUGUGACGUGCUAUCAAAAUAAAAGGAAUCUAAAAAAAAGUUGACCGCAAUCCAAGCUAUUUGUUUGACCGCAGAGAACUCACCUCAUACCCCAGACUAGCAACUGAUGAAGGAAACGAAGAUGGUGCAGGAUCAGGGAGAAACUGCAUCCCUGCCAGAGGCGCUCCUGAAGAUCGCCAAGCGGGAGUUGCGCGAGGAUCGGUGCACCCGGGAGCAGAGUCUGGAGCAGCUGCGGAAUUGGGUGGCCAAGAACGAGGAUCUGCAGAAUGUGCGAUGCGACGAUACCUUCCUGCUGCGCUUCCUGCGGGCCAAGAAGUUCAGUGUUCCCAUGGCGGAGCAGACGCUACUCAAGUACCUGAACAUACGACGCACAUUCCCACACAUGAGCACCCAGUUGGACUAUCUGGAGCCGCGAUUGGGCGACCUCAUCGAUCAGGGAUACAUCUUUGCCGUGCCGCAGCGGGAUAAGCACGGUCGCCGGGUGGUGGUCAUCAAUGCCAAGGGCCUCAAUCCGAAAAUCCACACCAGCUGCGACCAGGCAAAGGCGCACUUCCUCACGUACGAGUGUCUGAUGGAGGACCAGGAGACCCAGAUCACGGGGCUGACGCACGUGGGUGACUUUGCAGGUGUCUCCACGGCACACGUGACCAACUGGAAUCCCACGGAGUUUGCCCGCAUCUUCAAGUGGGGCGAACAGUCGCUGCCCAUGCGCCACAAGGAGAUCCACCUUAUCAAUGUGCCCUCCACGCUGAAAUGGCUCAUCGACUUCGUAAAGAACCGAGUCAGUUCCAAGAUGAAGCAGCGCCUGAUCAUCUACGGCAGCGAGAAGGAGCUGAUGAAGUGCGUGGAUCAGGGCUGUCUGCCAUUGGAGAUGGGUGGCACCGUGCCCAUGCGUGAGAUGAUCGAGCUGUGGAAACAGGAGCUGGCGGGCAAGCGGGAUUUGAUACUCGGCCUGGACAAGAGUAUCCUGCUCUCGGAUCGCGGCAUCCAGCGAAGGAGCAGUUUCAACGCGGAAAAGGCCUCCACCGGCGGACCAAACUUCGUCUCACAAAUCGAGUCCAUCGAGGGCAGCUUUCGGAAGCUGGAGUUCGACUAGCCGAUCCAGUUCUAGUUCUAGUUUUAAGUCCUUAGUCCUAGGCAUCAUCCGUUAACCCAAUGCGCAACGCUUUGCCGGUCCCCCGAUCCCGGCCAGAUCCGAUCCCGGGGAUCCCCGCUUCGCUUAUCGGUGGCACCCGCUUUACUCAUCCUGCGCUUCUUUGUAUACUGUUUGUGUUUGGCGUACAAUAAACGAGAGGAAUUAUUUGGAA